UGGAAGCCUCCGGGAGAGUUUUGAAGGAGACAGGGUGAUAUUGCCGGGCGUGUGAUGGCUAUAGUAACCCGCUCUUCAUGCCAAUCGAGUGUCUUGCUGGGUUUGUGAUCUUGCCAACAUGGCUAGUACUUGUUGCCCCAUUGAGAUGGAGCCUCGCACCCUGAGCGAAGGCCAGCUCAACCAUGCCCGGGAAGUUGCAGCUGACGUAGUUCAGAAGAUGGAACCGGAGAAAGCCACAUCAAUAUUCACCGAGGGAUUGAAGCCGGCCGACCCCGCGAAGGACACGCAGCGAUCGGCCGAGAACAGAGAGGAAGUCGACGGCGAGGUGAUCGAGUCGCAAAGGCAAGCGGCGAAAUGCAUCGAGCAGCCUUGCCAGUGCUCGUGCGUGUCGGCGUUGAGCGAAUCUCCGGACCAACUCCAGCUCAAGGAGCCUCUUUCAGCACCGUUCUGAUGCUGCAACUGAGAGGCCCCUCCUCCAUUCUCCUGCAAUCGGCAUUUCUAUAUUUGAAUAAUCAGUGCCUUGUAUGCAACAAGGAUCUUGUUCGACAUGUUGUGUUUCGGACGAUGAAAUUGGUUGUAAUAGGCAUUUGAUUGUUGAAAAGAGCUUUUAAUAAUAAUGCGUAUGUGGAAUCUUUUCAUUGUGGAA